AUGGUAGCAGCUCUAACCAAGAUAGCUAUGAGAACAAUCUGGUUCUUGUGGGUCGUGGUUGUUGCUUUGGCGAUUAGGUGGCUGAGCCGUGAUAACCAUUCUCCCUUGUAUAUUCCAACCUCUUUGGAUCUACUGACACUUACCACACAUGAUAUCGCCGAUCUUCUCGGCAAUAACACCAUAAACUCACUCCAAAUCACCAAAGAAUACCUUCGGCGUAUCGAAUUGGAUGAUCGAUCGGGUCUUGGGCUUCAUACAAUUCUGGAGUUGACACCCGUAAAAAGUAUUAUUAGCAUCGCAAACGAGCGCGAUCUAGAGCGACGAAAGGGGUUGAUCCGCAGUCCCUUACACGGUGUGCCCCUAAUUGUGAAAGUGAAUUUUAACCCUCUCGUUCAAAAUACCAAUGUUAUUGACGUGGCCUCUGCAAGGGCAAUAUGGCCACAGAUCAGUCUCUUGUUCAAGCAUCCAUGUGGCUCGUCGGCUGGAUCUGUGGCAGCUGUAGCCGCGGGGUUUGCCCCACUAGCCCUGGGCACAGAAACACAGGGAUCAAUCAGCUGCCCUGCAUCAUUCACUGCUCUUUAUGGCCUAAAGGUCUCCACCGGUGUUUUAUCCCGAAGUGGCAUUCUGUCGUCGUCGACCACUUUUGACUCACCUGGAAUUCUCGCCAAGUCAGCUUGGGAUAUUGCGGCCCUUUUAACCGAGAUCGAUGGAGUUGACGACCGAGAUCCCAUCACAUUUGAGUCAGAAGGUUUACUCGUUAAUUACACAAAUUCUUUAGACGCUAGCUGGGCAGAUUUCCGCAUCGGAGUGGCCGACAAAGAGUGGUUUUGGUCUAUCCUCCCGGGAUUUAUGUUCUCGGCGGGUUUCGACGUCGUUCGAGAAAUAGAACGACGGGGAGCCACCAUUGUUGCGGACGCCAAGAUUCGAAGCGCCUAUCUCUCUACUGGCUAUGUGGCAAAGCUAAUGGGGAGGAUCAUACGUUACGAGAUGGGACCAGGGUUUGCACAGCACGUUAUGGGCUUAGAGGGGACCGAAACUAAGUCUUUAGCCGAUCGUUUGGAGUUCAAUCGGAAAUUUCCUGCAAGCUCGUACUCAGAUGAAACCCCCGCUCAAAAUUACCUUGAAUUGGCUCUUGAUCAGAAAAUGACCUUGGAGGAGUAUCAGGAUGCAUUAUUGGAGGCUAGGAAAAUUGCCAUCGAAGAAGGCAUUAUUGAAACGCUAGAUUCUUAUAAUUUGGAUGCCUCGUUCUUCCCGCUUGGACGGAUAUGA